AAGAUGCGGCACGGUACAUAGAAACCGUGGUUCAGUCGUUCGAUUAGGCUUUGCUGAUUCCCUCUAUUUUGAUUUGAGGCGUUUUUGAUUGCGCCGCAUUGUGGGCUUUUUGGUUGAGCAUGCAGGCCAUCACUGCUGAUAAUGGGUCCCGACAGCCGAUGUUCUUGGCGGUGUUGGGCGUCCUCUUGCUACUAUCUAUUACGACAGUCGUCGCCCGGCUUUAUUGUCGCAUCGUGUACGUCCAGUAUGUGGGCGUCGAUGACUACUUCAUACUGGUUGCCAUGAUUGUGGUCAUUGCAAUGAGCAUUGCGAACGUAAUCCAUAUUAGCUGGGGAACUGGGCGCCAUUUUUCAGACCUUGGAAUGGAGGCUCUCGAACCGACCUUGAAGCACUGGUACGCAUACCAGCUGAUCUAUCCGUUUGCGCUGUUUUUCGUCAAGGCCAGUAUCCUCGCCCUAUACCACAGGCUCUUCCGCAAGAGGCAGUUCCGAUACUGGCUAUGGGUAGUUGCGGGGAUAGUCACUGUAUAUACAGUGGUUGUCGUUUUUGUCAACGCUUUUGAAUGCCGAAGCCAUCCCACUCAUGCAUGGAGUCUCAACUUUCCAGAAGGAUGCAAUAAUCUGUCCGCCUCUUACUUCUCCAUGGCUUCAAUCAGUAUCGCGACCGAUGUGGCGAUUUUGGUGUUGCCUCUACCGGUUCUUGUGAAGUUAAACAUCCAACGAAAUAAAAGAUUGGCGCUGAUUGGGAUUUUCCUCUCCGGUACGGUUGCCGUCAUCGCGUCCAUAGUACGCCUCAACGCUCUCUACAUUUACACCGUCACGAAGGACGUUUCAUUUGACGCGAUAUACAUACUGUUGUGGUCGCAGAUCGAGGUCAACGUCGCGAUUAUUACUGCAUCUGCCCCGUCCCUCCGUCCUAUGUUCAGAGAGACAUUCAAGAGCUCGCAUGGAUCAAGUCGACCCAGGCUCCACAGCGGUAGCCAGUCUGCUGGUUACAUGUUCUCUCGAUCGCGAACCCGUAGAUCCGGUGGAGACGGUGUCAUAGAGCUGCAUUCGUACGAUGGAAACGAAGGCCGGUUCGAAACAACUAUAAGAGGGCGUGCAGGCAAUGAAAGCGAGGAGUGUAUCCUUGGUAUGACCGCGGCGGGGAUCAAUAUUAUCAAAACGGUGGAUGUGCAGGAGACAAGCGUUGAGCCGCAUGAAGGAGAUUCGAAUGAGGACGUAGGACGCGGUACCUGAAUGCGACUUAUUUCAAUGGGGGCAAUGGCCUCUCGAUCACGUCGAUUUGCGCUAUAUGCCGUC